UUGUAUGAUAGCUAUAGGUGUUUGUUGGUGCGGCAAACACUUUGGUAGACAAGACGGAGGUGGUCAGGUAAAAGCGCAGCCUUCCUCUACAUUCAUAUCAAGUUCAGCUCUAUCUUUCCUUGGUACGCACAUCAUGGCUACCAACGCGGUUUUUGCUAUUGUGUGUUUAAUUGGUGGACAGUAUCUACUCUUGGCUGAGGGAGCAUCCUAUGAGCUGGCCGCUAGAAAGAACAGUAUAUAUGCUUCAAUUACUAAAGACGAGUUUGAGAAGCUGGACACGACCUUGAUGGACGUGGUCAGUACGACUCACAUCUUUCAAGAGGCACACUUUGAUACUCUGACAUUCUCGGGUCGGGAUGCAGCCAUUAAUGCGGGGAAGUCCUACGGCUUGACGGAUGAAGAAACCCUGGCAGUAAUGAUCUAUACUACAAAUUGUGUGUACAAAGAAUUCAACAGAAUACUGAGAGAGGGUGACAUCGCCAAAUACGACAAGUCAUUCCAGGUCUUUCAUUACCUCCUUAUUAACGCCAUUGAGAAGAUACGUCUGAAGCAAACUCUUCCGGAAUACCUGUAUAGGGGUGACGAGAAUAUAUAUUCCAUCGAAUACGGAACCUAUAUGCGUUUGCCUGGAUACACAUCGACCUCAUCUGAUGAAUCUGUAGCCAAGGAAUUCCGCAGAAGCUCGGGCACUCUCAUUCGCUUGGAGGGAGUUAAGUUAGGCGCUGAUAUUGCCAGCCUUUCGGUAGUUCCUUCGGAGGCAGAAGUCUUGAUCCCCCCCUAUGAAAGUUUCAAAGUCACCAACGUUGACAGGGACAACACAGGCCCACUCAUCUACCUGAAGAGUAUUGGGGAGAUGUGCGGAGGUCGUCGACGACGAUCCACGGGAGGGCCGUGCCGAUGCUGUAGACAGCCGUUAGACGUAAUCCGUGAAGCCGCGAGUGGAUGCGUCCCGCAACAGAUGAAGUGGAACGUUGUCUACUUCUGUUUAGUGGUGUAUGUCGUUGUUAGAUAUUGAUAUUAGCAAAUCUAACAGUUCAAGCGCAGCACCACUUUAUACACGUGUUCAUUUGGUCAUGUACAUUUACAUGGUUGCAUAAGUUGAUUGACAGGUCAUAGUUUUAGCCCGUUUCAAGACAGUUGAACAAUAUAUAACUGUCAAUUCAAAUGUUUAAUGUCAGAGUUAUAACCCUUCGAUUAAA